AUGGCCAGUUCUGACAGCUCAUCUGAGAUGCCUGCCUCACCUCAAACUCCUAACUCUAUUCCUUGUAUUAAGCAAGGACUAUCAGAACCAGCAAAUCCUGGGAUCACCAUUUCCCUUCUUGAAAUUGGAUCACUACCCCCCUUCUGCUGGGGCUCCCUUCCACCACCAAAGGAUAGUAUUCGUCCACUAGGAAGAACAGGGUUGGUACAGAAAUUUAGCAAUCUCUUAAAAGAUGUCAAAGAUGUUCUUAAAAGUAUAGCAGGCAAUGAGGAGAUGAUGACUACAGAAGUCAGGGAGUCUUUUGACGAUGCCAGCACUUCCGAGGAUAUGUUAGAACCUAAAAUCAGAGGUGUUGAUAGGAGAAAAAAAAUGGGAUUUAGAGAUAUGCUCACUAAUUUCCAACUAGAGAAAGAACAGAACAUGAAGAAGAGGCGGGAGAUGAUAUUGCAUAACCAGAGUGCUAAGAACGCAAUUCAAGCACAUAGAAGGGAUCGAUGCAACUCAGAAGAGAAAAAAGGCUGUGAUGACAUGCAUCUGAACAUAGAAAGAGGCCGGUAUGGAUCCCUUCACAUUCAUGGGGAAUAUAGAAGACUCAGGAACAACAUGGAGCAGUUACUGCAGGAAGCAGAUCACUGGAGUAUACAACACCGCGAGCUCAGUGAUCUAAUGAGGUCGUAUCAGGAAAGCCACAAAGAAAGGAGAGAACCCUCUGAAAACAAUCACAUCUGUUACCAAACCCAGGCCAACAACGAACCGUCAACCAAACAGGAGCUGGAGGCACAGGUAAAAAAGCUGAGCCAUGACACGCACUCGCUGCAUUUGAUCGCAGCCCUGCUGGAGAACGAAUGUCAGAUCCUACAGCAAAGGGUAGAUAUUCUCAGGGAGCUCCAUCUCCACGAAGCUGAACCCCAGCAAGAGAGGCCAUGCUAUCUGCAGGACAGGAAAUAUCAGAAGUUCGUGGAAGCAGACAAGAUGGAAUGUAACAAGCAGAACCCGAAGGUAAUGGAAGGCACGUAUCCUAAGAAAGAAAAGAUCUCCAGGAACUCAGAUGCUUGUCUGACAAAGAAGGCUCGGAAUAACCGCUGCAACACCCGCGUUGGAAGAAAAACUCUCCUGGUGAAAAGGAGAACCCAUAGCAGCUUCCGGUAA